CUCUCCGAUCUCCUUCCUCUUCUCCAUCAUCCUCCUCCUAAUCGCGCCAAUCCCAUCCACGGCGGGGAAACCACACGUCAUCAAGUUCCGAUCCCCCAAUCCCUACCCAGAGGGACUCGCCUACGACCGCUCCGCACAGCACUUCAUCGUCGGAUCCCUCCGCCACCGCUCGAUCCACUCCGUCUCCGAUGCUGGCGUCGUCGACACCCUCAUCACCGACCUCUCCCUCCCAACGCCUCGAUCCUCGGCCUGGCGGUCGAUUCCGUCAACAACCGCCUCCUCGCCGCCGUCCACUCCAUGGCCCCGCUCCCAAUCUUCAAUGCCUUAGCCGCCUACGACCUCCGCACCCGCCAGCAACUCUUCCUCUCCCUCCUCCCCGACGGCGAAGCCACCGGCCGCCCCGUCGCGAACGCGGUGGCCGUCGACUUCAAGGGCAACGCGUACGUCACCAAUUCCUUGGGAACCGAGGAAGGUAACUUCAUCUGGAAAGUAGAUUCGGAAGGAAACGCGUCGAUCUUCUCCAGAUCGGAUAAAUUCACCGAAUCCCCCAUCGACUGCCGUACAGCGAAUCGGGGCUCAACGGCGUGGCCUACGUCAGCAAGGGGUACCUUCUCGUGGUGCAGAGCAACACCGGGAAGGUGUUCAAGGUCGAUGAGGUCACCGGGGGAGCGAGGCGGGUGA